AUGAAUGACACAUUUAUGGUACGAACAAAAAUACCUGAUAGUAAUGAUUUAUCGACAGAUAAAAUUCAACUUCAAUUACAAUCAAAAUUAGAUAAUGAACAAAAUACUAUAAAUCAAACACAACGACAAAAAACACCACCAUUUGAACUUGUUGUUCUAUCAAAAACUGAACAUGAUAUUAUGUUUCCAAAUGUAAUUGAUCUUAAUGUUGGUGGUUUUUAUUAUACAACUAGUUUAUCGACAUUACGUAAAUAUGAAGAUUCAAUGUUAGCAGUUAUGUUUAGUGGGCGAUAUAAUCUUGUUCGAGAUAAAACUGGACGUAUAUUUAUUGAUCGUGAUGGACGUUUUUUUGGUCAUAUUUUAAAUUAUAUUCGUUGUAAUCAAAUGCCAACAGAAUCGAUUGCAUUAGAUGUAUUACAUGAAGCAGAAUUCUUUUGUAUUAGUUCUUUAAUAGUUAAACUUGAAAAUUCAAGUCCAUGUGUUAUAUCAUUACGUCGACGAGAAUCAUUUCGUCGUCUUAUACCUGAUUAUGAAAAUAUGAAAAUGGAUAUUAUUCAUAAAUCAAUUGAAAAACGUUCAUCAUUUCAUGAAUCACGUGUUGUUAUAACACAACUUGAUCAUACUAAAUUAAAAGGAACAAUUCCAUGUUAUAAUUGUAGUCGAGAAUUUGUCACAGUUAAUCAUGCUUGUGCUUUUGAUGGUCUUACAGCUGAUUUACAAAUUCAACGACAAUUAAAACCGAUUCAAUCAGAUAUAACUAUUGAUAUUGAUAAACUUAUUGCAUUUGUUGUUGAUGAAUUAGUUCAUGAUGGUUUUAAAGUAACAGCUGAACGUGUUACAUGUCGUUUUAGUGUUCGUUGUCAAAGUUGUACUCUUAGUGGUUUAUAUACAGCCGGUGGAAUAUUAGCACCAAGAGAAUGUCAAAAUAUUGCUCAUGUUAUUAAAUUUAUCUGGUCAUAA